AUGACCCCCCCUCACGAUUCUAUACGAGAGACACACAUACUCAGGGAAGCGCAUUCUUCACACGUGCUCCCGCUACUAGAAACCUUCCAGCAGCCUGGCGGCCGAUUAGUGCUGGUGUUUCCAUUCAUGCCAUAUGACUUCGACCAGGCUCUUCAAAAGCGAAUGCUGUCAGAACAGCAAAUCAAAGGUUGUCUCAAGAACAUGUUUUCAGCUCUUGCUCAUAUCCACUCCCAAGGCAUCAUUCAUCGUGAUGUGAAGCCUUCAAAUAUUUUGCUCAAAUCGCUCUCGGGGCCCGCAUACCUUGGUGAUUUCGGGAUUUCCUGGCAGGACAAAGCCCCCGCAUCCGAGCCUGCGGACAAGAAGAUCACCGACGUGGGCACGACAUGCUACAGACCACCGGAAUUACUUUUUGGCAAUUGCAAAUACGGGAGCAGUCUAGACCUCUGGGCUGCAGGAUGCACAGCGGCUGAGGCCAUGAAUGCUGACCAUGAAACCCUAUUCGACGCAGGAGACCUUGGGAGUGAGCUGGCACUGAUACAAAGUAUCUUCAAGAAACUCGGUACCCCUAAUCUGACAGUCUGGCCGGAAGCUGAAAAAUUCCACGACUGGGGUAAGAUGCAAUUCUAUGAGUAUGAACCGCAGCCUUGGUCUAAACUCGUACCUGGAGCUUCGGAGACUGAACUUAACUUGACCCUCGAACCCCGCACCUCUUCGACAGCGUCGUCCGACACAAUGGCCUUUUUCUUCAGGAACAAGCAGAAGAGCUCGAUAGAGCUGACGAGGUCAACGCGGGAGCUGGUGCAAAGGCUGGCGGCAGAAGAGAAACCGAAUCCAAAGACGGAGGAGGAGCUCGCUCGAAAUCUGGCACAGAUGAAGAUAAUGAUCCAAGGCACGCCCGAGGCGGAAGUCAGCCCGGAAGUCCAAGAAGCCCUCGUUCGAGAAAUCGAAAGUCAAGAUCUCAUAAUGCUACUGGCGGACAACAUCUACAAGUUCCCCUUCGAGUCUCGGAAGGACACCCAAGUCAUCUUCUCCACCGCUUUCCGAUACAAGCCCCCUGGGGCCAACGCCCCUGAGCCCCCAGUCCUCCACAAUGUCAUAAGAUACCGGCCUGAGGUCAUAAUAUCACUGUGCAAAGGGUAUGAUCGGAGGGAAAGCGCAAUGCCGUGCGGGGGUGUUCUCCGAGAGGCUCUCAAAUUCGAUGCAAUUGCGGCCCUCAUACUCUACGACGAACCUACUCCGGAUGGAAAGGUCCGAGAGCUGAGCACCAUAGAUCCUGGUGUGCCGUCGACAGGACAAGGCAUCUUUUGGAGGUUUUUCGACUGGAUAGACAAAGGUGCAUUCGAAGUCAGUGCGGAUGCAUUCAAUACCUUCAGGGUAGUUAACUUCACCCUAUUUUUCGCAAAAUACAACGACGUCCUCGUCCAAUCGGAGAGCUACGUCACCAAGCGCCAGUCCAUCAAGUUGCUGGGGGAGAUUCUGCUCGACCGCUCAAAUUACAACGUCAUGACGACCUACGUCGAUUCAGGAGACCAUUUGAAGAUCAUCAUGAAGCUAUUACGAGACGAUAGGCGCAUGAUUAACUACGAGGGGUUUCACGUUUUCAAGGUCUUCGUAGCCAAUCCCAACAAAUCAGUUGCAGUCCAGCGCAUCCUGAUAAGCAACCGCGACAAGCUCCUCCGCUUUCUCCCUACCUUCCUCGAAGACAGAACGGAAGACGACCAGUUCACCGACGAGAAGAGUUUCUUGAUCCGGCAAAUCGAGCUCAUGCCCUCGGCUCCCGUAGCUUCUACAGUGCAAGCGUCGUAG